UGUUCAACGAAGAAGAGAUUUUAGCGGGUCUGAAUAGAAGAUCAGGGCCGAGAACUUAUGCAGAUGUUGGCGGUUCAAGGGGUGGUGAUAGCAACGGAAACACACCAAAGCCCGAGGACUAUAACCCUUGGAUGGGCGGUGGUAGCGGCGGAGCUCGUGUUGACGACUUGGGAGAGCGACCAACCCGCAAACUCGAUGAUGUUGACGACGACGAGUUCGACAUACCUCCCAUGUUUGAUGACACAGAGUACGAUGUUUCAGAAAUCCCAGACAUGGAUGUUGGAGAUCAUUAUGGCGAAAUAGCUGUUGGAAAAGUUUUUGGAAGCAAGGAGGAUUGUCAGAUUGCUUUGGCAAUCUAUGCUAUAAAGAAGCAGUUUAGGUACACGCAAACUAGGACCAAGGUUGAUUCUUUUGUGGUUGAGUGCCCUGACAAGAGGUGUGAUUGGCGUGUGACUGCUCAUGAGAUCCGUGGAUGUGGAUACUAUGAGAUAAGGAAGGCUAAACUUGAGCAUCUCUGCCCUAUUGAGUUUCGACAAGGUUACAAGAGCAGAGCAACUUCUAGAGUAAUUGCCGCUGUUUACAAAGCAAAGUUUGGAAACCCCGGGAAAGCUCCUGUUGCUCGGGAUUUACAGAAACUCCUUUUGGAAGACCUACGUGUGAAUGCAUCUUAUAUGACGUGCUACAGGGCGAAAGAAAAAGCGAUAAUUGGUGUGCGUGGCACUGAUGAGGAUGCAUACGCCAAGCUCCCUGAGUAUCUUUACAUGUUAAAGCUUGCAAAUCCUGGUACAGUAGCUGACUUGGAAACAGACGUCGACGAUGAUGGUGAUGAACGUUUUCUUUAUCUCUUCCUAGCAUUUGGUGCUUCCAUAAGUGGAUUUCGAAAGCUUAGGCAUGUGUUGGUUAUUGAUGGUACCCAUCUAAGCGGCAAAUACAAGGGGGUGUUGUUGACGGCAAGUGGCCAGGAUGCUAAUUUUCAGAUUUUCCCCCUUGCUUUUGCAAUUGUGGAUGCUGAGGAUGAGGAUGCGUGGACAUGGUUUUUGCAAAAAGUGGAGAGGAUUCUUAGUGAUUCCCCAACUCUCGCCAUAAUCUCUGACAGGGCCGUGAGUAUUGCCAAUGCUGUGAGUAAGAUCUAUCCCCAAGCCAAGCAUGGAGCUUGCAUAGUACACUUGGCUAGGAACGUGAAUUCGAGGUAUUCAAGUAAGCACCUUGCUGAGUUGGUGACUAAGACAGCGAUGGCUCACAUGCCACGUGAGUACAAGGAACUGUAUGGGAAGGUCAGGUCAACAAACAGUGCUUGUGGUGUGUAUCUUGGGAAAAUUGGAACUGCUCGUUGGUCAAGAUGGAGGGGAGCUAACAUUCUUGAGUUGGUUAAGUUCAUACAGAGGAUGAUGACCAGGUGGUUUAGUGCUCGUCGGAAGAAGGCAGCUAAACACACUGGAGGUGUAACUGUUGAGGUUGACAAAGAGAUGACGAAAAACAUGGCGACUGUCAAUGGAAGUUACAUAAAUUCUGUUAAUGAGUGGACUUGUCAGGUGCUGGCCAACGGACUUGGGGUGUCUACGGAGACACUAUGCGGUCAUUGGUAUAAGACAUCGGUUUGGAGGGAGACCUAUGCAGGUGAGAUAACUCCUGACGAAGACCCUAGGGAUGUUGACUUACCAGAUGAAGUAAGGGAGCAGGCACCGAAGAAGAAGGAGAGUAAGAACAGAUGUGGUAGGUGUGGAGGCUUUGGUCACAACCGAACCAACUGCGUUCGCCCCAUUUAG